AUGGGUAGUCAACCUCAUUCGAAAUUUGUCAUCGAAACAGAUAACUUGUUUGAUGAAUGCGAAAACUUCGCGAAAUUAAAUGUUGAGGAUUUGACAGAAUCCUUAGUAGAAGCGAAACUGGAAUCCUUAGAAGAGGAUUGGAAAACCAUCCGAAUUUCCUAUGAGACAAUUUAUAGUACUUUAGAUUCUGUAAUAUCUCAGGAAUUUAAGGAAUUGGCACGAACUAGAUUCAGGGAAUGUAAAGAAAAGUAUCAGUGGACGAAGGCAAAUAUGAACGACCUUCUGAAGGCCGCAAAGGGUUCAGUAAAUACACAGAACGGUCCACAGCAUUCUUCUGUUUUGGGUAACUCCACAUUCUUUCCAACAAAUACUACAUUUGACCUGUCUGAAAUUGGUGUCCGAGUACCGGCUUGUGACAUGAAGGUUUUUAAUGGUAGUUAUGAGGAAUGGCCAUCCUUUAGGGAUAUGUUUUCAGUACUUUAUCAUACUAAUCCAAGAGUCUCCAAGGUUGAAAAGUUUUUCCAUUUACUUAAUAAAACUUCUGGAGAUGCCUUAGCAAUAAUACAAAAAUAUCCCUUAACGGAACAAAAUUAUUUAGCGGCCUGGAAUGCUUUAAAAGCAAGAUAUGAGAAUAAGAAAUUUUUGGUUGAAAUUCAACUAAAAGCUCUUUUUAACAUAGAGCCCGCUACUAAUGAAACUAGCAAUGAUAUUAAUCGAAUAAGGACAACUAUAUGUGAUUGCCUUGCGAUGUUAAUAGGUCAUGGUAUUCGUGUUGAUCAAUGGGAUCCAAUUUUGGUAUAUUUGUGUAGUAGUAAAUUACCAAUACAGACAAUUACUGCCUGGGAGGAAUCUUUAGAAAGUGAUUCCGAAAUGCCAUCCUGGAUUCAGAUGGAUAAUUUCUUAAAAAGUAGACAUCGGGUAGUUGAAAGGAUAGAGAGAGCACGUGAGCAAAUUCAUGUGAAUGAAAGUAGUCAUAAGAGUGAUUCGAAACCGGGAACUAGUAGAAAUAAUACUGGUAAAAAUUCGAUUCAGCGAUCAGGUUCGAAUAAUCAAAACUCCUGUCGAUUAUGCAACGAGAAUCAUAAUCUCAGAAUAUGCAAAAGGUUUUCAGACUUUAAUGUCAGACAACGAAUUGACUAUGUAGAACGGAACAAUAUAUGUAGCAACUGUCUAUCACCAACUCACGUCAGCAAGGAUUGUAAGAGUAUAUUCCGCUGUACGCAAUGUAAAAAUAAACAUCACAGCUUAUUACAUUUGAAUCAAAACGAUAAUAGUGAACAGAUUAGAAGAAGUAAUCAGGGUGGAAAUAGACCGGUAAAUUCGUUUCAUACGGAAUCAACACAACCGAUAAAUGAUAUAACAUCGGGAAAUGUUGAUGUUGAUUUACAGUGCCCUUCGUGCAGUAAUGCAACUCCGACGAAUGUCCAAACUCAUUUGUCGGUUAAUCAUGACGAUAUUUUGCUACCAACUGCUUUGGUGCAAAUUAAUCAUUUGGGUGAUAAAUUUACGGUUAGAGCACUGAUUGACUCUGCAUCGAAAAGGUCUUUCUUGACUGAACGAAUUCAAAAUAGGUUGAAUUUGAAAACAGAAUCUGCAAAUUUCGAGAUAUGUGGAUUAGGAGGUACAAUAGUUGCUAAUUCGAAGAAACUUUGUAACAUAACAUUAUGUGCAGAGAAACAUAAUUUUAAGCUUGAUACUCAAGCUGUGAUUGUUUCAAACUUAACGAGUUUGAUGCCAUCAGCCUCAAUUUCUAAUCCUAAUCUCACCGAGAUUAGUGACUUAAAAUUGGCGGAUCCAACAUUUUAUGUUUCUUCUCAUAUUGACUUGUUAUUGGGAAGCGACGUCAUACCAUAUAUUUUGCUUGAGGGAAUUCGAAAAAAUAUUUUGGGAAAUAUGAUUGCACAGAACUCAGUUUAUGGUUGGUUUAUUUAUGGCCCAUUCAAGAUAAACUCGCUUUCACUCGUUGCGGUCGAUGUAAGUGAAAAGGCAAAAGAGGAAAUCGAUAUAGGUAUUCAGCUUAGGAAAUUUUGGGAAACAGAAGAGAUUUCCAAUAAUUCUGUCUUAUCCGAAGAAGACAAAAUUUGUGAGAAACUUUUUGAGAAAACCACUUUUCGACGAGAAGAUGGGCGAUAUGUGGUAAAAUUACCAUUCAGGCAAGAGUUUCCUAAAUCAAUAUUUUUGGCUUCAUCUCGCUAUCAAGCAAGGAAGCAAUAUAUUCAUAUGGAAAUGAAUUUGGAAAAAAAAUCCUACCUUAAUAUUUAUAAUGACAUUUUGAGGGAAUAUAUUGAUUUGGGUCAUAUGCAAAAAUGUAAUUCUGCCGAAAUAAAUGAAAAUGGUAAAUAUUUCUCGUACUAUUUGCCUCAUCAUGCAGUUUUCCGACCUGAGAGUGCUUCAACGAAAGUCCGAGUAGUUUUUAAUGGAUCACGUAAAACACAAAGUUCAUAUUCAUUAAAUGAUAUUUUAUAUAGUGGGCCAACUCUUCAGUCAGAUCUUAUGACUAUAAUUUUGAAUUGGCGGAAGUAUAAGUUUGUUUUCAAUGGUGAUAUUGAAAAAAUGUAUCGUCAAAUAAUGAUUAAUGAUUCGGAUAAACCCUAUCAGAGAAUAUUGUUCCGCAAUACCAAUACAGGCAACAUAGAAGAUUAUGAAUUAGCUACGGUAACUUUUGGUAUAAAUUGUGCACCUUUCUUAGCAAUUCGAACACUUCUACAGUUAGCAGAUGACACGGAAACUAAUAAUCCUUUAUCGUCAAGAAUAUUGAGAAAUGAGACAUAUGUAGAUGAUGUGUUAUCAGGGGGACAUACUUUGGAAACAGCAGUAGAGUCUCAGAGACAGUUGUGCACCGCACUUAAUUCUGCUGGCUUCCCAUUGAAGAAAAUAACUGCAAAUCAUCCACUAUUAUUGGAACACAUUCCAAAAGAUAAUCUUUUGAAUGACGAUUUCUUAAAAUUUAAGGAUUCAAGUUCCACAAAGACUCUUGGAAUUCGUUGGAACGCUAUGAGUGAUUCUUUUAGUUACAAAAUGGAGGAAAUUUGUAUAGGAAAUACGGUAACGAAACGCCAAAUCUUAUCUUGCGUGGCGAAAUUUUUUGACCCGGCAGGAUGGCUAACGCCUAUAAUUAUUCAAGCCAAAAUUCUCCUUCAGGAAUUAUGGCAAGAUGGUGUCGAGUGGGACGAGAGUGUUAAGUCACAUAUUUUUAUAAAAUGGAACAUUUUUAUCGAAAAUGCCCAAUAUAUUGAAGAAAUAAAAAUACCACGCUGGGUUAAUUUUCAACCUGAAAACUUUAUUCAGUUGCAUGGUUUUUGUGAUGCCUCAGAGAGAGCAUACUGUGCCGCUCUUUACAUAAGAUCUGAGAAUCCGAACAAUAGAAGCACACAUUUAUUAGUGGCUAAGAGCAAGGUAGCACCGUUACAAAAACUUAGUCUUCCACGUUUGGAAUUGUGUGGCGCUUUACUACUUUCCAAGUUAGUAAGGCAUGUCUUAUUUAAUAACUUGUUCCCAAGUUCAUCCGUUCAUUUGUGGACUGACUCCACCAUUGUUCUUGCAUGGCUUCAGAAACAUCCAUCUUCGUGGAAAACUUUUGUAGCCAAUAGAACUUCUAAAAUUAUUGAAAAUGUUGGGGAUGCCACAUGGAGACACGUAUCCACUUCCGAAAAUCCGGCCGAUCUCGGAACAAGAGGAUGCAAGCCACAGGAGUUAUUGAAUAAUCCAUUAUGGUGGCAUGGACCAAUUUGGCUUCUUAGUUCUCAAGAACAUUGGCCAACUUUUAGCCAACCAUUCCAAGAACCCCCAGAACAAAGGAAAAGAAUAGAAGUUAAUUGCAUAACCGAUUCAGUCCAUUCCUCGCCUUCCAACAAUGCUUCAAAUGCUCAAAAUAUAUUGACUAAUGACAAAUCUCCACCUUCAAGGUGUCAGAUUACGCGAGCAAAAAGAGAAAUUGGUGAUGAAUUCUAUAUAAUCAACAGUUUCACAAGAUAUCACCGAGCACUUCGCGUGAUAGCCUAUGUUUAUCGUUUCUGCAGUUUAGCCUCCAACAAGAGUACAAAUCGAGCUGAACCUUUAACGCAGAACGAGCUCAAUAGAUCUAAGAUCGCAUUAAUUCGAUUAACUCAAAGAGCUUAUUAUGCUGAUAUAAUAUAA